AAAAAGAAAGCCGAGCGAGAAAGAGAAGCCAAGCAAACCAAACCCCAAGGAAGCCAAGACGCGGACGGCAGCAGGCAGGCAGGCAGCCAUACCGCGGUCGCCGUCGCCGUCGCCGGAGAGGCACCACCACCAACCCGCGCGCCGGAGGGUCGGCGCCGCCUCGUCCCAGAUGCUCCACCACCACCACCGCGGCGGCCGCUCGCCGUCGCCGUCGCCGCCGCCCCGCCGCUCGCUCCGCCCGCGCCGAGCCGCCGCCGCCUCCUCCCGCCCGCUCGUUGACGACUUCUUCCCUUUCCCCUCCUCGCCGUCGUCUUCGCCCUCCCGCCCGCGCCAGCGGAGGCCGUCGCCGGAGCCGUCCAGCUCCGAUUCCGGCGCCGACGGCGGCGGCGGCGGCGGCGGAUCCUCGGCCUCCGACCGCCGCCGGCGUAAGCUCAAGCUCGUUGUCAAGCUCUCCCAGCUGCCCCCGGACCAGCAACACCGCCGGGCCCCACCGCCCCCCUCGUACUCGGACGACUCCGACGGGGCUGGGGAGGUGGGCGGGGACGGCAGCGGCGACGAGGAGCAGGUCAAGCCGCCCAAGAAGCGCCGGAUCGAGCCGCGCGCCGACAGAUCUCGCCAUCACGAGAUUGGUGGUGGUGUUAGAAGCGACCCAGCGAGCGCGCCGCGGACGAAGCGGCUCCCAGUGCCAGGGACUGCGAGGACGACUCCGCUGCCGGACCGGAAGGCGCUGGAGAUGAUUCUAGAGAAGCUGCAAAAAAAGGAUACAUACGGAGUGUUUGCUGAGCCAGUGGAUCCGGAGGAGUUGCCUGAUUAUCAUGAUGUGAUAGAGCACCCAAUGGACUUCGGUACCGUCAGGAGGAAGCUUGCCAGGAACGCAUACCGCUCAUUCGAGCAAUUUGAGGAUGAUGUCUUCUUAAUUUGCAGUAAUGCAAUGCAGUACAAUGCACCUGAUACAAUUUACUUCAGACAGGCCCAUUCCAUACAAGAGCUGGCAAGAAAGAAGUUUCAGGAACUAAGGGAUGAGGGCAUACCUAUAGAAAACCACCACAUAAAGAUUGAACAGAAAGCCAGACCAAACUCCUGCAAUAGAGAACCAGUCAAAAAGCCCGUCUUGCGGUAUCAGGAUGAUGAUCUAGACUUCCUGUCCCGCAAAGAGCAAGUUAAGAGACCCAAUCCAAAAAAUUUGGAAGGUGAUAUUAUCUUUAAAGAUCAAGUUAAGAAAUCUGGGCUUGGGACACAGGAUGAGAGUUCUUUAUUCCACAAAGAGCGAGUUAGGAAACCCAUCUCUAGGAAUUCAGAUGAUGGUUUAACUUCCUCAUUCCACAAUGACCGACAUAAGAAACUGCUCUCCAAAAAUUCAGAGGAUGACCUCAGCUCCUCAUUUGGCAAAGAGCAAGUUAGGAAAGUCAUUUCCAAGAAUUCGGAAAAUGACGAAAGCUCCACUUUCCACAAACAGCAAGUCAAGAAGACCACCCCCCAGAGCUCAAAGAAUGAUUUAUCAUCCCAGAAAAAACAUAUUAAGAAGCCAGUUUGCUCAAAUAGAGAAGAUCCAGAUUUCUCAUCCCGCAAAGAGCGUGUUGAGGAUCCCAUUUGCACAAAUGUGGAAGAUGCGGGCUUCUUAUCCACGAAAAGGCUGGCAGAGAAGCCCAUUAGUCAGAACAGCGAGGACCUGGGCCAUUGCGACCAGGAGUCGUCUAAGAAACCUAGUUGCAGAGAUGGGCAAGAUGAUCUAGGUAACUCUUGCGACAAAGAAACUGCUAAGAAGCCAGCUCGUAUGAAUAGCCAAGACACAAUGGGUUCAGAUAUCUCUGCUGCAACUAUUGCUUCUGUGGGAGACGGCUCUAAUGGCUUGAGCAUGUCGCAGGCUAAUACUACUGAACCUGCUGGUUGCACCGUUGCCAAUGGGUUUUUGGACAAAGAUACCAGCUCUCCAUUAGAUGAAAUAAGAUCUGAGAAGACCGGCGAUAUUUUUGCUAAGCCUAGCUACAAGUCAAUUGUGGUAGAUGAGACUAGACGGAAAACUUAUGAAGAACAGCCUUCAGUGGAGUUUGACCCAGUUUUUGACAUAUUCUCGACGGAACCAAAAGAGCUCGUUAAUGUUGGGCUUGAUGCUGAACACUCGUAUGCAUAUGCGAGAAGUCUGGCUCGUUUUGCUGGUUCGCUUGGUGCUCAAGGCUGGAGAAUCGCUUCUGAGCGCAUUCGGCAAGCAUUACCUGCUGAAGUAAAGUAUGGUCGUGGUUGGGUUGGAGAAUAUGAGCCUCCAUUACCGUCUAUUGUGGUUGUGAAUGAUCAAUCUAGAUAUGUGAAGAGCUCUGAGGCAAAUGUGCGAAGGAAUACUUCGCUGCCUAGGGAUAAUGAAAGGCUCAGACCAGCAGAAAGUAAUAAUCCAAAGGAUAUGAGUUUGAGUCUACUUAACCGGAUAACCACUAGUAGCACAAAUGUAGUUGGAGUGCCUGGGCCACUUGAGAGUCCGGAAUUUAAGCCAAGAAUAUUUGGUGUUACUGCUGAGCCCCAACACAGGAGCACUGAUGCAUUAUCACCACAUGCAAAUCAUAGAGCAUCUGGUAAUGUUGCAAAGACCAAAAGAACAGCAAAUGACCAAAAAAGAAAAGGCAACUCAUCUUCCAGUGCCCGCCCUAUUGAGAUGAAACCACAGAAAGAAGCUUCUGGUGCGCCUGAUAUGCCUGCUCUGAACAGAACUGCUGGCCAGCCUAGACCAUUUUUCAAACCAGCAGAAUCAAAUAGAACUCAUCAAAUGAGAAAAGUUGACUCAUUAAAAAGCAAUGCCCCUAUUGAAAUGGCACCACAGCGGCUUGAGUGUGCAAAAGGUGCUUGUUCUGGUGUGCAUGAUACGCCUUCCUCAAAUGGGCUGCCUAAGCACUUCUUCCAGUCACAAGCAGCAGCAGCUUCUGGUGUGCAUGAUAUACCUUCUUCAAAUGGGCAACCAAAGCACUUAUUCCAGUCACAAGCGGCAGCAGCUUCUGGUGUGCAUGAUAUACCUUCUUCAAAUGGGCAACCAAAGCACUUAUUCCAGUCACAAGCGGCAGCUUCUUCUGAUGUGCAUGUGCCAUCAAAUGGGCAGCCUAAGCACUUCUUCCAGCCACAGGGACCAGCUUCAUCUGGUGGGCAUGAUAUGCCUUCUUCAAACGGGCAGCCAAAACCCUUCUUCCAGCCACAAGAAGCGACUGUACCACAGCCCAGAAAUGAAGCGACGUGGGUGUACCAUGGACGACCUGGUGAUGGGAAAGUUGGAACAUCCAACAAAAGCAGACCGUCGACCAGUGCUGGGUUUGUCAAUAAAAAUCAAGCAGUAAAUGCUGCAACUUUUGCCAUGAAUUUGAAUGGGCAAAAGAAUGUCAGUGACCAUGCAAAACCAGUAGGCUCAACUGCAAUGCCUGGCCUCGCAAAUAUACCAAAUAGAGGUCUUGAUGCUUCCCGGAACAUGUGCUCAGCAUUUCCAGCAGCUGCUAGGGAGAAUCAGAGCGUUCCGCCAGCUCCAUCUGCUCAAUCUUGGAUCUCAUUUGGUGCUUCUACAGAGAACAAACCAGCCAUUGUUAGCCCGACUUUCCUUGACAAUAAUUCUGCUUGGAAAAUGCCAUUUGCAAAUGUUCGCCCUUCUGAUGAUAUGAAAAUAAGUGCUGUUCCUCAGUUCUUUAGGCAACCUGUUCAGGUAGUUAGAGAAAGCCCAGUUCAAAACAACGGUUUGGUAAUAUUUCCCCAGUUGGUCCAGCCGGAUUUCAUGAGAUCGCAGGGCCAACCCCAAUGGCAAGGGCUGGUUCCCCACAUGCAACAGAAGCCGAGCAAGGACGUACUUCGACCAGACUUGAACAUUGGGUUCCCAUCUCCAGGUUCGCCACCAGCUCGACAGUCAUCUGGCAUCAAUUUGGAAGCACAACAGCCAGACCUGGCAUUGCAGUUAUGAGAUGGGAACGGACUGAGUACAUGAGACUGCUAGUUUUUGUGUCAGAAACACUAGACGUCUAAAGGCAUGUGGAGCUCAGGCGAAAACAGCAAUGGGACAUCCAUUACAUAUACUGGCAACAAUUAACCGGGAUGGGAAGUUCACAUGUAAGCAUCAUUGCAACUUCAUCAGCGCAUCCUGCCGCUAUACAAUUACAAAUAUAUAUUAAAAAUGGAUGGAUGAACACUGCUUGGAAUCAAUCAUGUCUACUGGGGACAUUUUGACAGGAAUUCAGAAUCCAGCAUUUGUACAAAUGCUUUGGUGGAACAUAUGUAGGUAGCAUACUAGCAUGUCCAUGAUCCAGAUACUUUGCGCUCCUCUCUGACCACAAUACAGGUUUCUUCGAUGGAAAUUUUGGCACCAGGAUUUAGGAGGUAAAUUGUUCUUUUGGUAGCGUAGAUCUCGUGGUCACCCCUAUGUAAUGCCCAUGACAAAAUGUAUGUUGUAAAUGGUUCGGCAUUGAAUAGUGUUAGGUAGAGCAGUGGCCUCACCUCUUCUGAAUGAAA